AUGUUAUUAAAAAAGUUGCUCCUAUUAUUAAUCGCCACAUUUCUCGCUUUCUGGUAUUUUUUGCCACAAUACAAUGGUGUGACUAAAAUUGUGGAGGAAGGAGACACCAACGAAUUGCCUAUCAAAUUCUACCACAAAUUCUACAUCGAUCAACGCUAUUCGCCAUGGAGAAUUCGACUUUUUGCAAUGAAACCUUGCGGAAAUCACACGAUUUUUGGCAAAGCUUUCUAUGGAUUUGCGAAAAAGGCAAAAACAUUGCAAUUUCUAGCGCGACAAACUGAAAAAUGGUGUCCCUAUGAGUGGGACAUGGCUUGCUUUUAUAAUUCAUUUUUCUACGAAGCCGAAACUUCUUCUGAAAUUCCUGAAUACCUAGAACUAUACAUUGGAAAUUCUAGAAGAGUCGUGCAAUUCACAAAAUCGAAAAUUGUUGGGAAAUCGAAGAAAAAAGGGUUGACAGUGAUUGUGGCGCCUUUGUAUUUCUAUUCACAUCCUCACAACAUUUUGCUGUUUUUUGAAGUAAGUCUUAAAAUUUCAACAAAAAAUCGCUGUUUUUUGAGAUUUUCUCCAAAAAUCUGGCAUUUCUCUAAUUUUCUAUUGAUUCUUCACAUAACAAUCAAUUUUUUCAAUCACAACCCCAUCCGUAUAACUUACCCUAACUCGAAAACCAUCGCAAAAACCACAAUUUUUCGAACGACCGCCUAAAAACGCUCGAGUCAAGGCGCACACUUUGGUCUCGCCGCGAUGCAUCAUGUGCGCUCUAGCGAACGCGCCAUUUCAAAAAUUUCUUUUUUUCGGCUUGGAAAAAUCAAGGAGCCACCAAAUUCUUGGUGUUUUAUCAUUCUGGGACCAUUGAAACACGAAGAAUAUUGGAAUUUUAUCGAGAUUCAGGAAUUUUGGAGAUUUUACCGUGGUCUGGAUUUGGCGAAUUGCCAAAAUAUAUCCAAAAUCGAUAUCCUGAGGUAAAUUUUCAAAAAAAAAGUGUUUUUUCAAAUUCAAAACUGAAUUUUGCAGCCAGAUUCAUCAGUUUGUCGAAAUGGUCAAACUUUGGCUCAAAACAUAGCCGUCCUGGAAACCGAUACAGAUCUCGCAACUUCAGUGGAUUUCGAUGAGAUUCUGGUAUCCGAAAAUAAUCUCUCAGCAGAUUCUCGAGUUCGUCUCGAAUUCGCUGCAAAUCCCGAACUUGCUGCUGCUGUUUUUCGCCAUUUUUUCGCCGUUUUUCAGCCGAAAAUCGAGAAUUUUGAGUAUUCUGGAGUUUUGACGCCGAUGGUUUUGGACAGAAAAAAAGCGGAUAAAUUCAUUUUCAACGCUUCUCGUGUUGAUAAUAUUGAUGUUCAUCAUGUGAACACAUUUAUUGAGGACAAAUUCAAGGCUGAGAUUUUGGUGAGAGUUUUUGGGCGGGGACGAGAAUCUUGUGAUUUGGUUUUCUAGGCCACGACAACCUUUUGGAAUCAAAAAUAAACGUUUCUGAUGCAAAAUCAAUGAAAUUUAAUGAAUUUUAACCCAGAAACUUUGAAAAUUGAGAAUUCUGGCCUAGAAAUCUUGUGAUUUGGGUUUCUAGGCCAUGACAACCUUUUGGAACCAGAAAUAGACGUUUCUGAUGCAAAAUUAGUGAUUUUUGAUGAAUUUUAACUCAAAAACCUUGAAAAUUGAGUAUUUUGGCCUAGAAAUCGUGUAAUUUGGUUUUCUAGGCCAUGACAACCUUUUGGAACCAAAAAUAGACGUUUCUAAUGCAAAAUUUGUGAUUUUUGAUGAAGUUGAAUUCGAAGACCUUGAAAAUUGAGAAUUUUGGUCUAGAAAUCAUGUAAUUUGGUUUUCUAGGCCAUGACAACCUUGUGGAACCAAAAAUACCCGUUUCUGAUGAAAAAUUAGUGAAAUUUGAUGAAUUUUAACUCAGAAACCUUGGAAAUUGAGCAUUGUGGCCUAGAAAUCGUGUAAUUUGGUUUUCUAGGCCAUGACAACCUUUUGGAACCAGAAAUAGACGUUUCUGAUGCAAAAUUGGUGAAAUUUCAUGAAUUUCAACCCAAAAACCUUGGAAACUGAGCAUUGUGGCCUAGAAAUCGCGUGAUUUGGGUUUCUAGGCCACGCCAAGCUUUUGGAACUAAAAAUAGACGUUUCUGAUGCAAAAUUACUGAUUUUUGACUCAAAAACCUUGGAAAUUGAGCAUUGUGGCCUAGAAAUCGUGUAAUUUGGUUUUCUAGGCCACAUCAAACGUUUGGCCCUGAAAAUUAGUAAUUUUCGGUGAAUUUUGCCUUAAAAUUCUCAAUUUUCCUCCCAAAAAUCCGAUUUUUCCAGAAAAACGCCGCCCUUCUUCACUAUCGUCACAACGGAUUCCAGGACAAUUCCACCCAAAUCAAACUCGACGUCAAAAUCUUCGCAAACCUCUCAGCAUUCGUAAAUCUACAGAAUUUGGUGUCAAAAAUUUUUGGCCGACCGCCAAAACUUCGCCCCAAACUCAACGAGGAUUUGGAUGAGUGUUUUGGGAAAUUGGAGUGAGUUGCAUCUUGCUGCCACGUGGCAAAAUUAUUGAUAUUUGUUGCAGAAAAAUCGAGGAAUGUCGAAGUUUGGUGUAUUUUUGCAAACCGGCUGUCAUGAAAUGGGGAGAAGCUUGGGAUUUCGAGAAAACGCCGGCUAAUCAGAUUUUUUUGUAG